GAUUCAAACACCACAAAAGAAAAAAAAACAACCAAACCCAAAUCAAAAUCCGAAAAAAAAAAACAUAUAAAUCAAAUAUCAAAAGGGGUGACCUGAUAAUAACAAAGAGCUAGAGCAAUGGCCAAAAUUCUCGAAACGGCGACGUUUUUCCUCGUGGUUUUGGCUGCGGUGGCAGUGGCCGCGGAGGAUUACGACGUAGGGGGUGAUAUGGGAUGGAGACGACCGACCGAUCCCGAAUUCUACAACCAAUGGGUCGUCGGGAAAACGUUUCACGUCGGCGAUGUUCUCGAGUUCGAAUUCGCGGAGGGAAUGCAUGAGGUUUCGGUCGUGAACCAAGAAGGGUACGAGAAUUGCAACACGGAGAACCCAUUGGACCUCUUCCAAAAGUCGCCGGUCAAAUACACGCUCAACACCACUGGGACCCACUUCUUCCUCUGCCCCGUCGGCGACCACUGCAUGAUGGGCCAAAAACUCGCCGUCACCGUCGUCGGAGCCUCCGCCGGCGGCCACACCGGCCCUACCACUUCUGCCCCCGCCCCUACCACCCACUCCACCGCCCCGACCACCCCCGGCUCCGCCACGACCACUCCCUCCACCACCGCCAUGGGCCCCACCGCAGGUGCCUCCGGAGAGGCUCCGUCGUCGAGCUCCGCCGGUUCCCUCUCCGUCGCCGGUUUAUUGGAGUGUGUUGUGUUGGUAACUUGGUGUUUUUUUUAG